AUGCUGCUCAUUUGCCGACGGCCUGCGCGUACAAAAGAUGCUGUCUCCAGCCGCAUACCUCCCAGCAACUACACAACCCAGCACAAUCCGAUAAUGCACACCCAUUCCAGACGGACCUCCAAGGACAUGCCAGUCGACGAUGCAGGGGAGGCAAAGCCCUACCUCGAAGAAUUGGAAACCCAAGAUGCCGACUUGGGCCAGAUGAUGGAGGUGGCUGCAACGCCCGAAGAGGAGCGCCGCGUAGUUCGCAAACUGGAUAUGAUUUUAAUCCCCAUGAUGGGUCUCUGCUACAUGAUGCAGUACAUGGACAAGCUGGCUCUGAGUCAAGCAACCCUGUUCAACCUCCGAGAAGACCUCAACCUCCAGGGCUCGGAUUACUCGUGGACGUCGGCCGUUUUCUACUUUGGAUAUCUUGGAUGGAGUUGGCCCAGCAGCUACCUGAUGGUUCGCCUGCCGCUGGGGAAAUACCUCACUGCCUGCGUCUUGACCUGGGGAGGCGUCCUGAUGUGCCACGCCGGAGCAAAGAACUUUGGAGGCCUGAUGACCGCGAGGUUCUUCCUGGGCGUCGGCGAGGCGGCCAUCGCUCCAGGGUUUGCCCUUAUUACUGGGAUGCUAUACAAACGAGAGGAGCAGCCAGCACGACAAGCCGCCUGGUUCCUGGGUAACUGCAUCGCCACAGUGAUCGGGGGAGUCGUGGCCUACGGCAUUGGCACGGUCGAAGGGACUGCAGUCAACAGCUGGCAGCUGCUCUUCCUCGUUCUCGGGACUAUAACAGCCGGGAUGGUGCUCUGGCUAGUCUUCCUGCUGCCAGACUCGCCCAAGAAGAUCGUCUUCCUCACGAAGAAAGAGCGGGCAAUUAUCAUCCAGCGUACAGUGGCUAACAAGACCGGCAUGAUGGACACCGGCGCAUUCAAGAUGGGCCAGGCCUGGCAAGCCCUGCGCGAUCCCCAGACGUGGUUUCUGGUGUUGUAUCAGUUCUGCGUUAACCUGUGGAACGGCGGCGUUACCAGUUUCUCGUCGAUUAUCAUCAACAGCUUCGGCUUUAGUCACUUGAAAUCCCUCCUCAUGCAGAUGCCCAUGGGCGGUGCUCAGGUUGUCUUUUUGGUUCUGAGUGCUGCCAUCGCGACCUGGUUUCCUCGAGCUCGCAUUGUCACCAUGAUAAUCAACACGCUGGUCUCGCUGGUGGGCAUGUUGCUGGUCUGGCAGUUGGACGAAGACAACCAGGUCGGUCGCAUGGUCGGGCUGACCCUUGGAGCUGUCUUUGCUGUCAAUAUUCCGCUAUCGCUGAGUGUCAUCAGCUCGAAUGUCGCUGGCUUCACAAAGCGCAGUGUCACCAGUGCGUUGAUGUUUGUUGCGUACUGUGUGGGAAACAUUAUCGGGCCCCAGCUCUUUCUGACCUCGGAGGAGCCAGCCUACCCUACUGGCAUGAAAGCGGCCGUCUCUGGUUUGGCACUGGGCGCCUUCUUCCUGCUCUGCCUGUUGCUCUACUACAUCUUCGAGAACCGACGCCGCGAUGCUAAGUAUGGACCACCGACUCAGCUUACAGAAGAGGAGGAGCGUGCUCAUGCAUUGUCGAACAAGACGGACUUGGAGCUUGAGAGCUUUCGUUAUUUGAUUUAG